AUCAUCUCCAUACAUACAUAUAUACAUACCUACCUACCUCCUUUUAGCUAGGGAACUAGCCUCAGCCCAAUUGUCACACAACACUCACACACACACACAUUACACAUUGUAUAUUGCAAGUUCCGUUCAUCGUAAGCGUCUCCUGGACCACGGUUCCGACCCCCAAAAAAAGAGAUGGCCUCUCUCAAACCUCCCUUCACCCUCGCGACGGCCAAGGAGAAGGUCAAGUUCGCCCAGAACAUGUGGAACACCUGUAACCCGAGACAGGUCUCCAACGGCUACACGCCCAACUCGAUCUGGCGCAACCGGGACCAGUUCCUCGUGGGGACCGAGAAGAUCGUCGAGUUCCUCACCAAGAAGUGGGAAAAGGAGGCCAACUACCGUCUUCGCAAGGAGCUGUUCGCCUUCACCGACGACAAGAUCGCCGUCCAGUUCUGGUACGAGUACCAGGACCGGCACGACGGCAUGAAGUGGAAGAGGACGUACGGUCUGGAGGACUGGACCUUUGACCGGGACACGGACAAGAUGAGGAAGCGACAGAUGAGCGCCAACGACAUCGUCCUGGGCCGGGGCGGCGACGGGGUGGCCGUGCCCGAGGAAGGAAUCCAGGGACGAUGGUACGUCGACGGCGUCGACGUGGACGACGAGAGUGUGACGCAAAAGAUUACAGAGGCUCACUGGUGA